CCCCGGCUCGGAGCCUCCCCUAAGGACACCGGCAGGCACGGAGGAGGAGAACUUCUUCUGCUGAACUCUUUUUAUUUGAUUUUCCAUAGGAAAUACAUAUGACAGAUCAAUUAUAGUUGAUGGAGAAGAAGCGUCUCUCGUGGUGUUCGAUAUAUGGGAGCAGGAUGACAGCCAAUGGCUCCAGAACCACUGCAUGAAAAUGGGAGAUGCCUAUAUUAUUGUCUACUCAGUGACAGACAAAGUUAGUUUUGAGAAGGCUUCUGAGCUAAGAAUCCAGCUGAGAAGAGCAAGGCAGACAGAAGAUAUUCCUAUUAUCCUUGUGGGAAAUAAAAGUGACCUGGUCAGGUCCCGGGAGGUCUCAGUUGAUGAGGGCCGGGCCUGUGCCGUGGUGUUUGACUGCAAGUUCAUCGAGACAUCGGCAGCUCUGCACCACAACGUGAAGGACCUGUUUGAGGGCAUCGUGCGGCAGAUCCGGCUGCGCAAGGACAGCAAGGAGGACAACGCACGCAGGAUGGCCAACGCCAAGAGGAGGGAGAGCAUCAGCAAGAAGGCCAAGCGCUUCCUGGGCAGGAUCGUGGCCAAGAACAACAAGAAGAUGGCUUUCAAAGCGAAAUCCAAGUCUUGCCACGACUUGUCCGUGCUAUAGGAGCCCUCAGGGAGGGAUGGACGAGCCCCUGAUCCCCUGAGGAUCCCGUGGGCACAGCGGCCAUGGCUGCUCCAGAGACUCUCGUUAAUGCCUUAAGGUGCUCAAGCAAGGCUGGAAGUUACACUGCAGUGCUUCAUCGAUAAAUGGGUUAAGUUUCAGUGUGUGCAAGUAAAUGAACUAACUUGAAAUACGAGGCUUGACAUGCCCACUGUGUACAUAUGUUCUAUAUCUUCUUGUCUUGUGGAUACCAGAGAUGCAAAGAUAAGAAAGGAUAAUAUCACCACAGACUUGUCUCGUUUGCAGAGCAAAACUUCAACUUGUACGCAGGCUCGUACACUCUUUUUAGUACAAAGCAAGCAAUGAUAAAUCUUUUUAAACUUAAAUGUGGGGAGGGUGGAGUAGAACCACAGUAGAAUGGGAGAAAACAAAUUAUAUAUAUAUAUUUAAAUACAGAACAGAUAUCAUUUUAUUAAGUUAAUUUGCACUUCCAUUAACUGUUAUUCAAUUAAUUGGUUACUUGUUUACAUGCAGAUUUUAUAAUAAAAUAUUAUUUCCUGUUAUAAUAAA